AUGUUUCGCAACCGUAGAACAUCGCAAAAGCCCGGCGAGGAGUUCAUCAACAAGUUCCGCAAGUCGUUCCCCGACGUCAUUUCUUCGAUCUCUUUUCCCGGUGAUGACAGGCAGGGUAGUUCGGUCAACCAAGCUACUCUAGACUCUGAAAUCCAUGACAGGCCUGAAAACGAUGAAAUCAAUAAACCCAACGAUCCGACUCCGAGGGCGCUCCAGGACAUCAGAUUCACACCCUCCGUUUUGGAUCCAAACUCGUUUCAAUUCAUGGACUUUGCAAACCAACCCCCCGGCUACUAUACACCCAAUACCGGGGGAAUGACAACGAUAUACCACCCUCAAGCCGGCGACCUUCACACGCCGUUACCCUACAACCUUGGCACUCCGAUAUCAAUACCAAAUACAAUAUCAGCAAGCCAGCCUGUCGACCCUCCCGGCGACAUGAAUGUCAACAACUUUACUCCAAAUAUGCAGCACUUCAUGCCCCAGCCAUUUCAAAAUAUGAAUCCUUUCGCCGAGCAAACAGCCUUCGCUCCCAACUCAUUCAUACAUCGAGAUUCGACAUACGACCCUAUGGAUAGAUCGGAGGAAUCUUCAAUGGAUCAAAUGACAAUGCAAGGCGGCCAACCUUUGAACAUGAUGAUGCCAAAUGUUGGAUUCUCGGAACAAAUGGAUGUUAGGUCUGAUGCGCAGACCGAGAAAUUCCGAUACGGCGUUACGUUACGUGCCCCAACUGCCAUGAUCAAACACCAUGAUGAAAUACCAAUGACUUACCUCAACAAAGGACAGGCUUAUUCGAUAUCCGUUGUAGAUACUGCUCCUCGCCCCCCCAGCAGUCAGCCUUGCAAAUACCGCACAUUUAUACGCGUCUCUUUCGAAGAUGAACAACAACGGUCAAAGCCUGCUACUUGUUGGCAAUUAUGGAAAGAGGGACGAGGUUCUAGCGAAGCUUAUCAACGAGGCGGUAAGCUCCUUGCCGUGGAAUACGUCGAUCCCAUGCAGGGUGGAGAUGAAGAUCAACGGUAUCGGCAGGUCGAACUCCAAAACGCUUCUUUCGAUGGCUUUUGUGUUACUUGGACUGCCAACCCGACUGCUGGUUCCGCUGAUUGUGCGAUUUCUGUUCGUUUCAAUUUUCUUUCGACCGACUUUAGUCAUUCGAAGGGUGUUAAAGGCAUCCCUGUCCGGUUAUGCGCGAAGACGGAGAUUUUGACGCCGAACGAUGCAGCACCUAGCCUGCCAGCAGCCGAGGUGUGUUAUUGCAAAGUCAAGCUUUUCCGCGAUCACGGCGCGGAACGGAAAUUGUCAAAUGACAUUGCACAUGUUAAAAAGAACAUGGACAAGCUAAAGCAGCAAAUAGCCCAGAUGGAGAUGGGAGGAGGUAAUUUCAACAAACGCAAACGUAGUAGUGUGUCCAUUGCGACCAAGGUUUCUGACCAUCGACCAGUCAAGAUUCCCAAACACAAACGCACGUGGUCCAUGGACUCACAAGAAAACGGCGGCAAGCUUUCUCCCGAAGACGAUCUCCAUCUCCGAUAUUCAAUGUUGCAAGACAUGUUUUCGUCGACCCGUCCGAUCAGCGUUCUUAACCUUCGAGGCGACGAACAAGACGACCCCGAUCUCUUCCCCGUCGCGCUACCGAGCCAGAAAUUCGAUCACCUUUCCCGCCAAAGCACUCUCGAAUCUUUACGCAGCGUUGAUGGAGGCUCUGGUGCUUCAGUUAUUUUGUCACCGACUAACAGUAGUAUUUCACUCAACUCUCCUCGACGACCGCCGGAACUGCAGCUACCAAAUAAUGCAUCAAAUCGGAAUGAUGAUGGUAUAGAUUGGUCGAACGCUAACCUACAGUCAUCUACACUCAACCAGCCCACGAAGGUCAGAAAGAAUACGACUACCGGCUAUAUCGAAGCAAUAGAUAUCGACCCAACUUAUAAUCCGCCGGCAGAGCGUCCGCCAAAACCGAUUGCAUGUUUCUAUAUUCGCUUUCCGUCUGAGCAAGGGGACGAUUACUACCGUGCAGUUUACUUGAACGAGCGCACUGUUCAUAAUUUGAUGAAUAAGAUUUCGGAGAAGUACAAGAUAGAUGAAGAUCGUAUCGUUCGACUUCUUCGCAUCAAUCACAAUGGACUGAGGAUCAUGAUGGACGACGACAUUGUUCAGCAACUUCCUGAAGGCCAAGACAUGGUGGCUGAAUUUUCCGAUGCAUCUAACUUCCAGAUUGCUACUCCCGACGUGGACUCGCCCACAUCCGCCGUCGAAGUGAGCUUGAAAUAUUAA